AUGGUCUCCAGAUCUCCCUGCCGUCGCCGGGCAUCGCGCACUAAGCGCCGAACGGCCUCAGCCAUAUCGGAGUGGAAAGUCCCAUCCGUGAAGGAAAUCAGAGUUCCCAAACUGGAUCGUGCUAAGCCGUCUGGCACCACAGUGACCAUCGUUGUCGGAUCUGAAGGCCACACACUCUGCAUCCAUGAAACGCCGGCUCGCAAAACCUCCACUUUCCUUGAUGAAGAGGUGAGCUGCUUGGAAAACGACUUUAAGGAGAAGAAGAUCGAGCUACCAGAUGAAGACCCCGAGAUAUGGGCGCUCUAUGUGCAUUGGGCGUACCUGGGAUCAAUUCCGACCAAGGCCGACAAGGAAAGUAUCAAGGAUGUGGAAUACCUGGAGCUUGCGAAGGCAUACGUGCUAGGAGAGGUCAUUGAAAGCCCUGGGUUUUGCAAUUCGGUAAUUGACGCAAUUUGCUGGAAGGUCGGGUUGGAUCACAGCAAGGACAAGAUCUCUUGA